AUGGCACGGGGGGGGGAUGUGUGUGUGUAUGUGGGUGUGUAUCGCGGCCUGCCGUUUUGGGGCCAGCGGCAGUGGCAGCCGGCGCGAGAUGCGCAGGGCCUGGGGGCGGUGGGGCGUGGUGACAUCAUUGUUUGUGAGAGAAAGCGAGGGCCCGGGUCAGGCGGCGGGAGAAAAGGGGACUCUGCGGGCCCUGCAUGGUGGACACAAAGGCAAAAGAGGGCGAAAACAGGACAGCAAAGUCGCGAGAUCGCGAUCGCAGGCUGGCAAAAGGACCGGAUGGGCGAGGGCGGCGUCAAAGUAAAAAAGCAACCGAGCGGGCUAGGGUGCGGGCACCAGGCCGAUGUGGUGCAAAAGUUCGAUGAGGGGGGCAGCCGUACGCACGGCUACCGUUUGGCGACCGCGUGGAGGGGCCCGGUCUGGCCAGAGGGGUCUAUGGGUCCAUGCAAGCACAAGCGCAUGCACGAGUGCCAGCGCGCGCUAGGGGCGCGGCCAGGGGCUGUGGCUGAGGGGGACAGGACAUGGCGAGACGCCGACGUCAUGGUGACCCGCGCACCGCCCGAUCCCCACCCGAUUGCCCGAUCACUACACAACGUCGAGCGCCGCGCUAGCCCCCAAGCGGAUGUAGCGGAACGGCCGACAGGGGUGGCCGGCGCCCGGGAUGCGCAAGUGGAGAAGACCCUGAUCUCUGUAUUACAUCAGACAUGGCGACGUUAUGCCGGCGCGCGUCGAUUUUCGAGUACCGAGUGCAUGCGUGUGAGAGGGGGUGUGAGAGGGGGUGUGAGCAAGUGUGAGUGGGUGAGUGAGUACAAGUAA